AUGGCGCACAUCUACCAACUCGUCCUUCUUCUUCUUUCAAAUCUGUGGUUCUCGACAGCUGCUCAGAACCAGUCAGAGACUGAAUGGCCUCUUCACGAUAAUGGCUUGAGCAAGGUAGUGCAAUGGGACCACUACAGCUUCCACGUCAACGGGCAGAGGAUCUUCGUCUUUUCCGGCGAAUUCCAUUACUGGCGUAUUCCGGUCCCCGAGUUGUGGAGGGAUGUUCUCGAGAAGGUGAAAGCUACCGGUUUCACUGCGUUUGCGUUCUACUCUAGCUGGGCCUAUCAUGCGCCCAACAACCACACGGUCGACUUCUCGACCGGCGCUCGCGAUAUCACGCCCAUCUUUGAGCUUGCAAAGGAGCUCGGCAUGUAUAUGAUUGUGCGCCCCGGGCCCUACGUCAAUGCUGAAGCCAGUGCGGGCGGCUUCCCUCUGUGGCUGACGACUGGCGAGUAUGGCUCGCUGCGGAAUGAUGACCCGCGGUAUACGGCCGCAUGGACGCCGUACUUUGCCAACAUGUCGCAAAUCACUAGCAAGUAUCAGGUUACGGAUGGACAUAACACGCUCGUCUACCAGAUUGAGAAUGAGUACGGUCAGCAGUGGAUCGGAGAUCCCAAGGAUCGCAAGCCGAAUAAGACUGCGGUUGCUUACAUGGAGCUCUUGGAAGCAUCUGCUCGUGAGAAUGGUAUCACUGUGCCAUUGACAAGCAACGAUCCCAACAUGAACUCGAAAUCUUGGGGAUCGGACUGGUCCAAUGCUGGAGGCAAUGUCGACGUGGCUGGUUUGGAUUCCUAUCCGUCGUGCUGGACAUGCGACGUGAGCCAAUGUACCUCCACCAAUGGGGAGUAUGUUCCCUACAAAGUGAUUGAUUAUUACGACUACUUCCAAGAAGUUCAGCCCACUCUUCCCUCGUUCAUGCCCGAGUUCCAGGGCGGUUCGUACAAUCCCUGGGCCGGUCCUGAAGGUGGAUGUCCUCAGGACACCGGCGCCGAGUUUGCUAACCUGUUCUACCGAUGGAACAUUGGCCAGCGAGUGACCGCCAUGAGUCUGUAUAUGCUGUACGGAGGAACCAACUGGGGUGCAAUUGCUGCUCCUGUGACAGCAACCAGCUACGACUACUCCGCUCCCAUCUCCGAAGACCGCUCGAUUGGAGCCAAGUAUUCCGAGACCAAGCUACUGGCAUUGUUCACCCGUACCGCAAAGGACCUCACAAUGACAGAGGCGAUCGGAAACGGAACACAAUAUACCACCAACACAGCCGUCCGUGCAUUCGAGUUGAGAAAUCCUCAGACCAACGCCGGGUUCUACGUCACAUUCCACGACGACACCACCGUUGGUGGAAAUCAAGCGUUCAAACUCCAUGUCAACACUUCUGUCGGUGCCUUGACUGUCCCCAAGAACGAGGGUGUGAUCCAGCUGAAUGGUCAUCAAUCCAAGAUCAUCGUGACCGACUUCACGCUCGGCAAACGUACUCUUCUCUAUUCAACUGCCGAGGUCUUGACCUACGCCGUUUUUGAAGACAGGCCCACCCUCGUGCUCUGGGUUCCUACUGGGGAAUCCGGCGAGUUCGCGAUCAAGGGAGCCAAGUCAGGAAAGGUUGAAAAUGGCGAUGGCUGCUCGGGAAUCAAAUUUAAGAGUGAGAAGAACUAUCUCGUCGUGAACUUCUCUCAGGCCAAGGGAUUGAGCGUCUUGCGGCUCGAUAAUGGUGUGCGCGUGGUUCUGCUCGACAAGGCCGCCGCGUACCGCUUCUGGGCUCCUGCGUUGACAAAUGAUCCUGUCGUGCAAGAGACCGAAACUGUGCUCGUCCACGGCCCGUACCUUGUUCGCUCCGCCAGCGUGUCCAAGUCCACACUGGCGCUCCGAGGAGACUCAGUCGAGAAGACGACACUGGAAAUCUUCGCGCCUCACAGCGUGAGGGAGAUUACCUGGAAUGGAAAACAAGUGAAGACCUCUCAGACUUCAUAUGGCAGUCUCAAAGCGACUCUCGCUGCACCGCCGACCAUAAAGUUACCCGCUCUCACCUCCUGGAGAUCCAACGACAGUUUGCCGGAGCGGCUUCCAUCGUACGACGAUUCCGGCCCGGCCUGGAUUGAGGCAAACCACAUGACCACAUCUAACCCCAGUAAACCUGCAACCCUUCCAGUCCUAUACGCAGACGAAUACGGCUUCCACAACGGCGUCCGCCUCUGGCGCGGCUACUUCAACGGCUCUGCUUCCGGAGUCUACCUCAACAUCCAAGGAGGAAGCGCCUUCGGCUGGUCCGCCUGGCUAAACGGCCACUUCCUCGACUCCCACCUCGGCGACGCAACAACCUCCCAAGCAAACAAAACCCUCCCCUUCCCACCCUCCCUCCUCAACCCCACCGAAAACGUCCUCCUCAUCGUCCACGACGACACAGGCCACGACCAGACAACCGGCGCCCUAAACCCACGCGGCAUCCUCGCGGCCCGCCUCCUCUCCAACGACUCCUCGUCCCCCGCGCCGAAAUUCACCCGCUGGCGCCUCGCCGGCACCGCAGGCGGGGAAUCGAACCUCGAUCCCAUCCGCGGCGUCUUCAACGAGGACGGCCUCUUCGCAGAACGCAUGGGCUGGCACCUCCCCGGCUUCGACGACCGCGCCUGGACGGCCGAGAACUCGACUGCAUCCACCUCGGCACUGAGCUUCACCGGCGCAACCGUCCGCUUCUUCCGCACCGUCGUCCCCCUCGAUAUCCCUGCUGGUCUGGACGUCUCCGUCUCCUUCGUGCUCUCGACCCCAUCGAAUGCGCCCAAGGGAUACCGCGCACAGCUGUUCGUCAAUGGGUACCAGUAUGGUCGGUACAAUCCGCACAUCGGCAAUCAGGUGGUGUUCCCUGUUCCGCCGGGUAUUCUCGAUUACCAGGGUGAUAACACGAUCGGGUUGGCGGUCUGGGCGCAGACGGAAGAGGGGGCGAGUAUCCAGGUGGACUGGAAGGUGAAUUACGUGGCGGAUAGCUCGUUGAGUGUCGCUGGAUUUGGGAAAGGCUUGAGGCCGGGUUGGACCGAGGAGCGGUUGAAGUUUGCCUAG